CCUUCACUCACCACUCGUGACUCUUCACUCUCUCAGACACCCGCACUCGCGCUCUCUCGCACGCCCAGGCUAGCGCUGCACUGCACUGCGCUGCGCUGCGCUGCCAUCAUGGCGAAGCAGAAGAAGCGACGUCAACAGCAAGCGGGCCAUGGCCAUUCCGCCAACGAAGAUGCCGCGCGCCACGCCCCAGCUCAGACGGAUGCGCGCUUCGCCAGGCUGCACACCGAUCCCCGCUUCCUGCGUCCCGCAGCGCACACCAGCAAAGUCGUGCUGGACAAUAGGUUCGCGCACUUGCUCAAGCCUGGCAGCGGCAGCAGCAGCAGCAGCAAUGGCACAUCCAACAAGCACCGCGUCGACAAGUUUGGGCGCAAACUGAGUCAGCGCGAUGAGCAGGAAGACUUGGCCAGAUUCUAUACUCUGAAUGAGCGUGACGGUGGUGGUGGCGGUGGUGGUGAUGAGGAGGAGGAGGAGGAGGAGAGCGAAGAGAGCGAUGGUGGUGCAGCCGUCGACUAUGCUCGCGGGGAAGGCUUGCUGGACAGCAGCGAGGAAGAGGACAGCGACGAGAAUGAUCGAGAAGUACGAGACAAGGACGAUCAAGACAGCCUCAGCUCCAGCGACGACUACGAUGGCGUACUCCUUGGCAGAGCAGAUGCCAGGCGAAGAGCUAAGAAAUUGGCAAAGCAGCAGCAGCAGCAGCAGCAGCAGCAGCAGCGUCAAGAUGGGGAGAGCGAGAGCGAUGAUGAGGGGCAUCACGACAUUCUGGACACUGACAGCGAGGAUGCCAGCCGAACUGCAGACGCCGCCAUCGCAGCCAACGCCAAACUGAGCAAAAAGGCGCUGCGCAGCAUCGAUCAGCUCUCCUUGGCCAAUCAGCGCGCUCAACAAGAGGCAGAGGAGGAGCAAGUCAAUGGUAGCAGCAGCAGCAGCAGCAGCAGACAGCGUCCACGUGAUGCUGACAACGUCCCUCGUGCAGGCUCAAAAAUUCUGAGGGGCGAUGCUACGCGACGAUUGGCCCUCGUCAAUCUCGACUGGGAUCACGUCAAGGCCAUUGACCUGCUCAUGAUAUUCACCUCCCUCGUCAGUCCAGCAUCCACCCGAGACGCUGGCGUAGCCCUGCCGGCCGAUGUCGCUCAGGGCGGCGACAGUAGGAAGGACGGUCGCGCUAGCAGGUCCAGCACGAUGCCGGUCAAGGGCCGCGUCCUUAAUGUUCGCAUUUAUCCCAGCGAGUUCGGCCAAGAGCGCAUGGAAAAGGAAAACAGAGAAGGUCCUCCUCGCGAAAUUUUCAAGCAGGUGAGCGACGGUCCAACAGGCAGCAGCUCGAAAAAGUCUCGCGAGCGCGCAGAAGACGAGGACGAGGAGGACGAGGAGGAUGAGGAUGACAUUUGGAACGUGGACGAAGGAGGCGAAUUUGACGAAGAGAUGCUUCGACGCUACCAGCUUCAAAGAUUGCGCUACUACUACGCGGUCGCAACCUUCUCCUCGGCUGCCGUGGCCCAACAUGUAUACGACGAGUUGGAUGGGUCGGAAAUGGAAAAGACAGCAAACGUGUUCGACUGCCGCUUUAUCCCUGAAGAAAUGGAGUUUCCCCAUCACCAAGGGGGCGUCGACGGGUGGCGAGACGAGGCCAACGAAAACACCCACGCCUCGCUGAGCGCCUACAAGGGCGUGGACUUUACCACCGCUGCGCUUCGUCACUCCAAAGUCAAGCUGACGUGGGAUGCUGAUGACGCGUCUCGAUCCAAGAUCACCCGCGCCGCGCAGAGGGAAUUGAGCAAGACGGAGCUGAGAGACGAGGAUUUCAAGGCGUACUUGGCUUCGGGCUCGGAAGACGAAGGGGACAGCGCGGCACCGGCGCAAGAAGAGGACGCACAAGCCAAAGCUCGUUUCAGAGCACUCAUGGGCCUCGAUCAAGAGGAUGCAGGCAGUGCCAGGCGCAAAGGUCAGACGCAUCAGGUGUUUGACGACUACCGGGAACCCGAUGCGGAGCAGGGAGACAUGCAAAUCACAUUUAUGCCUGGCUUGUCGGAAGCUGCUGCGAGAAAGGCGAGCGGGGGCAGGAAAGAGGCCGAGGACGAGACGACGUUGGACAAGUACAGGCGAAAGCAAAAGGAGAAGAAAGCCAAGAAGAAGAUCGGCAUGCAGGAAGAGCUAGCGGAGCAAGGCGAGGCGCCCGAGGAUGAGACCAUCACUUUUGACGAUCCCUUCUUUGCGGGCGGGGAUGAGGAUGAUGAUUUCGCUGCAGCGCUCGCCGCUGAAGAAGGGCGCGGCGCAAGCUCGGAGGAGAAGAAGAAGAGAGCAAAAAGCAAGCGGGCAAAAGAGGCAAUCGAUGAGGAUGGCGAAGAAGGGCAAAGGCGCAAAGCGGAGCUUCAACUCAUGGUCGAUUCGGAGUCGGAUGGCGGUGGUCAGGGUCACUUUGACAUGCGCGAUGUGCUGCGUGCAGAGUCGGGAAAGGACAAGAAGAAGCGAGGCAGACGAGGCAAGCGGUCCAAGGACAAGGCCGGAGAUGCUGCGCAGCCAAGAAGCGGCAAGGUGCAGAAGGACUUUGACCUGGACGUGGAGGAUGCUAGAUUCAAGAACGUCUUUGAGGAUCACAGGUACGCCUUGGACCCUAGUCAUCCAAGCUUCAUCAAGACCAAAGCCAUGGACAAGCUUUUGAAGGAGAGACGCAAGCGACGCGAGGAGGGUGAUGAAGCGCCACGUUUGGGGCAUUCAAACGGUAGCGCGCGCGCGAGGGACGAUCCGCCUACCGAUGUGCGGGACUUGGUCAUGGGACUCAAGCGACGUGAUCGGGGGGCGGGCAAGGAGCAGGCGAGCCGCAAGAAACACAAGAGGUAGCAGUAGUCUCGCCAAAUUUGAGAUGCAUGCCAU